AAUAAAAAUAGUGACAACAAACAUCAUGUUAACAGAGUAAAAUAUUUUUACUGCUACAAUUACACGAUAUUAAAAUAAUAUUGAUAAUUGCGCACAAACCUGCAUAAAUUGCAUCAAAACAAGACCAUAAAGAGUGAGAGAGAGAGGAAGAGACAGAGAGAGCAACAACAAUGCCAAUCGACACACGCGAAUUAAUGGAAGCGAUUGCAAUCGUAGCUGAUGAGCAAAAUGUUCGAGUUGCUGUUAAACAAUCUGGAAAGGGAACUGCGAUUUGUGCUGCCUGCUGUUUUGCUGGUGGAUUAUUAAUGGGUCCAGUCGGUCUGGCCGUCGGCGGCGCUGCUGGCGGCAUCGCUGCCUAUAAAAUGACCAGUGGAACGUUCAGACCUCUGGGAGAAGUGAUUCUAAACGAUUUGACGGACACACAGAGGGAACAGCUGGUACAGCAUGUGACAAAAGCUGUUGCCGAUAUACAUCCAACUGAUAUCGUGAUGCUAAUACCAUUAAUCACUCAGAAUGCAUCGAUUCAACAGGUUGUCCUCAAUGCAAUCAUGUCCUAUGCUACAAAUGAGCUACGAAUGCAGAUCGUUGACUGAUAUCUGAUAGCUGAGAACUAUAGCUUAUUUUGCACAAUAAUUUUAGGACUAGUCAUAAACCAUUGUGCCCGUAACUGUAACUGAAACAUAAUCUGUAAAAAAUGUUAAUAUAAAAAUUUAGUCAAUGUUACAUAUAUAAAUACAUAGAUUUAUGGUACCUCAUACGAAUUCUGAA